GGAAAACAUUGAAUAUCGAUAAAUAUAGAAAAUGUCUGAAGUAACAAUUAUAUCCUCUGAUAAUGAAUCUUUUAAAGUUGAAAGAAAAAUUGCUGAAAGAUCAGUUUUAAUCAAAAAUAUGAUUGGUGAUUUAGCUAAUGAUGAUGAUGAUGAUUUUGAAAUUCCAGUUCCAAAUGUUCGUGCUUCAGUCUUGAAAAAAGUUUUAGAAUGGGCUACACAUCAUAAAGAUACAAGUUUCCCAGAUGAUGAAGAUGAAGAUUCAAGAAAAUCUGCACCUGUUGAUGAAUGGGAUAAGGAAUUUUUAAAAGUUGAUCAAGAAAUGUUGUAUGAAAUCAUAUUGGCAGCCAAUUAUCUUAACAUCAGACCUUUAUUAGAUGCUGGUUGUAAAGUUGUUGCUGAAAUGAUUAGAGGUAAAUCACCAGAAGAAAUUCGUCGUACAUUCAACAUUGUUAAUGAUUUCUCACCAGAAGAGGAAGAAGCCAUCAAACGUGAAAAUGAAUGGGCUGAAGAUCGUUAAAAUUAGGUGUGUCCAUUACUUCCUUUUGUUGAAUAACUGAUUAUGUUCAUUGUGUGGUUCCAGAUUAAUUUUGCGUUUAAUGAAUUGAAUUGAAUUGAAUUUGAUUGUAGCCAGUUACGUGUAGUUUAGUUAAAUAACGACCAACAGCAAAAUUAACAAUCCAUUAAAGCCAUUAACAAUAGCUCAACAAUUCAAUCCCUUUUCGUAAAACUUUGAACCAUUGCUUUGUUACAAAUUGCAUCAACAGAAUUAAGACCGAAUAACUAGCAAUUCCUUCGGUAGAAACAAAAUUUAAAGCUUCCUUGAAUUUAAGUUCAGGGCAAAAACAAUUUUCACCAUCGCAAAACCCUUUCACCACAUUAAUCAAAUUACAACUCAUUCAAGC